GGUGGGGCCGGGCCGGGCGGCGGGGCAGUCAGCCUGCGCGCUGGGCACCGUGCGGGUGUGCGGCGGCCGGCAGCGAGGCACGGAGGCAGCCAGCGUCCCCGCCACGACGCGGCGCUGAGGCUGGUCGCCCGCCGCCACCGCGCUCCCGCCCCCCCUCCCCCCCCGCCACACAAAGGCAGCCGCAGCCGGACGGGCGAGGGACUGCGCUCCACGCCAGGGCUCCGGUGCAGCGUCUCGGCUGGUCUUCUCCAUACUCAUGAACAUACAAAGGUCAACCCCUAUCACGAUAGCACGAUAUGGGAGACCGCGGAAUAAAACCCAGGAUUUCGAGGAGCUCUCGUCCAUACGGUCCAUCGAGCCAAGCCAGAGUUUUAGCCCGAAUCUAGGCUCGCCGAGCCCGCCGGAGACCCCGAACUUGUCGCAUUGCGUUUCUUGCAUCGGGAAAUACUUAUUGUUGGAGCCUCUCGAGGGAGACCACGUUUUCCGAGCCGUACAUCUGCACAGUGGCGAGGAGCUGGUUUGCAAGGUGUUUGAUAUUGGCUGCUACCAGGAGUUAUUAGCACCAUGUUUUUGUCUGCCUGCGCAUAAAAAUAUCAACCAAAUUACUGAAAUAAUUCUUGGGGAGACAAAAGCGUAUGUGUUCUUUGAAAGGAGCUAUGGGGACAUGCAUUCGUUUGUUCGUACCUGCAAGAAGCUUAAAGAAGAGGAGGCAGCCAAACUCUUCUAUCAAAUAGCUUCUGCUGUUGCACACUGCCAUGAUGGUGGACUGGUACUGCGAGAUCUCAAGCUACGAAAGUUUAUUUUCAAGGAUGAAGAAAGGACUAGAGUGAAAUUGGAAAGCCUAGAAGAUGCUUAUAUUUUAAGAGGAAAUGAUGACUCUCUUUCUGAUAAGCAUGGCUGCCCAGCCUAUGUGAGUCCAGAGAUCUUGAACACAAAUGGCAGCUACUCUGGCAAAGCAGCGGAUGUAUGGAGUCUAGGUGUCAUGCUUUAUACCAUGCUAGUUGGACGCUAUCCUUUCCAUGACAUAGAGCCUAGUUCCCUCUUCAGCAAGAUUCGUCGUGGGCAGUUUAACAUUCCAGAAACUCUAUCCCCCAAGGCAAAAUGCCUCAUACGUAGCAUACUGCGUCGGGAGCCAUCGGAGAGGCUGACUUCACAGGAAAUUCUGGACCAUCCAUGGUUUUCUACAGAUUUUAAUGUAUCAAAUUCAGGAUAUGGUGCUAAGGAAGUAUCAGAUCAGCUGGUGCCUGAUGUCAACAUGGAAGAAGACUUGGACCCAUUCUUUAACUGAGCACAAAGACUUGUUCAGAAGGUACACAAUCUGGAGAUGGACACAUGAAGGAGCCCUUCCUGACCGUGUUAAAUCACAUCCUGUAUCAGCCUAGCUUGGUAGCAAAAGACACUCAAGAGGUCCUCAAAUUGAGAAGGAACCUCUACAAGGAGAUAAUAUAACAAAUGUAGCAUGGGGACAGACUGGGGGGGUGGGGGGGAGCUUGCUAUCAGGUUAGAUUGAUUUGGAGGAGAAAAGGCAGCAUGGAGCAAUUGUAGCUUCUCACUUUUUUGGAGCCAAGGAGACUGCACAUGCCAAUUCUGGUGCAGCUGUAUCACUCUUGUUUCUGUUCCAUUAAAAAUAGUGGUAACUCACAACAAAUGGAAACUUUUUUGCCUCAGCUCACAUCUUGGCAUCGCACUGUUAGAUAUUUAACUUCAGCCAUUAUUCAGGGAAAGUAUAAUUGGCUAACAUUUUUUUAAUCAGAUGUCUAAUAAUUAAUGGGAUUAAUUUAAGAAAAAAAUUAGGUGCACAAAGAUGGACAUGAAAAGUGGGUGCUAAAAACAAACAAAAUUUCAGUUCAUGUCUCUUGAUAGCUAUUUUCAACUCAUUUCUUCUAAAUAAACUACUUAAUAUUCUUGUCAGGAAAUGACAUUUUAAUGCUUUGUUCCCUUAAGGGGAAGUAACUGUCAUUUAAGAAGCUGUUCUGUUUUGUGUCAAAUGGUUUGUUGCAGGAAGCUAUUAUAACUCGAACUUCCAGAUGCAUUACUGCUAUAAUGGGG